AUGCCUCCAAUUCGCUCUCGACGAACCCUUCGCCCGCGCUGGUCGCGUGGCAUCUCCAAGGGAAACGCCGCUGAGCGAGUAUUCAACAUUCCAGAGCUGGUCUCUGAGAUUGUCCACUGGCAGGUCCAGGGACUUGGCGGCUUCAUCUACGAGAAGUCGCGGGGAAUUGGAAGGAAGAAGCAGUGGGUGAGGCCAACGAAGUUUCGGCCAUGGACAAUGGGCCUGGGAACCAAGCGGGGGUCCUAUGUGGAGGACCAGGCGGGUUAUCUAUGGCAAUGCUCGGCCCUUAACCGGGUCUGGUAUACACAGAUAAUCCAACGGCAACGGACCUGGAAGAACACUAUGGGUGCGAUGGACACGCUGGCCGUGCCUCGCUCACUAGACGUGAUCUUUGCAAAGGUCCCCGCCCAAUUCCACCAACAGUACGCUGACCAAGUUGAGUUGGCCUCGCUGGUCACCGUCGACGCCGGGGACGCCCGUGCUGCGGGAUGUUCUCGCGACUCUGACAUUCGGAGCCUUAUGGAUGGUGCGCAUAUCCCGCGCCUCCAGGGCGAAUCCGUCACCGUCCUCUCCAUCAGUAGCUAUGGCGGAAGUCAGCCGGAAUGGAGAUGGCCUCUCCACGGGUUGCCCGAAGAUUGGGCAAAGUUGUUCAGACGGAUUUCGGUUCUCUUUCCGAAUCUCAAGAAAGUCGAGAUCGGACACCAUGUCCUUGUCGGCGACAAGGUUGUCAAAAGCUUCGCUCGUCGGCACCCAGCCCUUUGGACCCUUGAGCGGCGCAUUUUCGGGCGUUCAAUUAUGGCCUUCGACCUCCUCGAAGAAUCUUCUCGAAUCUGA